AUACAUCGGUGACAUCGAAGUUGCCAUCGAUGGUCCUCCACCUCUAUUGUGGAGACUGCGGAAAUUUUCAGGAAAAAAAGCGAAGAUAAGUGGAAUUUAACGGAACCACCAUGUCGUACCAACUUUACCGCAACACCACGCUGGGGAACACCUUGCAGGAGAGCCUGGAUGAGCUGAUUCAGUACGGCCAGAUCACGCCCGGAUUGGCGUUCAAGGUGCUGCUGCAGUUCGACAAGAGCAUCAACAACGCACUCAACCAGCGGGUCAAGGCCCGCGUGACCUUCAAGGCUGGGAAACUGAACACCUACCGCUUCUGCGACAAUGUCUGGACCCUCAUGCUCAACGAUGUCGAGUUCCGCGAGGUGCAUGAGUUCGUCAAGGUGGACAAGGUCAAAAUCGUGGCUUGCGACGGCAAGAGCGAGUUCUAAAUACUACCGAUCCGAUCUGAACACCAUACACCAUUAUAACCAUUACAAAUAGUUGUAAGAUUCGUAGACGUUAAGCUAAAACCCGACCGUGUGAUGCUGCAGGCAUUACAUGAAAUACACUGUUAAUUCAUAGUUCAACAA